CAAAUCUCGGGGAGAAUUCCCCAUGGAAUUGGAAGCCUGGCCAACCUGAAUGUGCUCGGUGUGGAGGAUAACCAUCUCACCGGUACUAUUCCAGAAAGUAUCGGGAUGCUUUCAAGGCUAGAGUGGCUUGGCAUGCAUGAGAACAGGUUUACAGGGCAGAUUCCAUUCUCCCUAGGCAAUCUCACUCUAUUGACUAAACUCAUUUUGGGUCAGAAUUACCUGCAAGGCCCCAUACCUCCAAGCCUUGGAAACCUUCAACACCUAUUAGCCUUGGACCUCUCUAACAAUCAUCUUAGUGGAACCAUACCCAAAGAGAUCGCAACCCUUUCUUCCCUAUCCAUUUAUUUUGGUUUAUCUUCUAAUUCAUUGGUUGGAUCUCUUCCUCUAGAGGUCGGAAGUUUGAAUCAUCUAGCAAUUCUUGAUAUUUCUUGGAACAGGCUGUCUGGCAAUAUUCCCAGCACUUUUGGUGACUGUGAGAUGUUGGAGGAGUUAUAUUUGGACAACAAUUUAUUCCAAGGGAUAAUUCCUCAAACCUUGAGCAACAUAAAGGCCCUUCAAGUACUACAUCUCUCACACAACAAUUUAACAGGUCCUAUUCCAGCAUUUCUCAAAGACUUGAAUCUAUUGGAAAAUUUGAAGUUGUCUUUCAAUCAUCUUGAAGGAGAAGUGCCGGUAAAAGGGGUCUUCAAAAAUGCAACUCGAGUUUCAGUCGAAGGAAAUAAUAGACUUUGUGGGGGUGUUCCAGAAUUGCACUUGCCCACAUGCCCAGGAAGAUCAUACAAAAAGAGAAAGUGGCCUCUACUAUUGAAAAUAGUGAUUCCCGUUGCUGGAGCAGUCUUGUGUGUGAGCUUUCUAUUCUCCCUUUUCAUCCUUCGAUAUAAGCAAAAGUCGAAAAAAAAUAAUGCUCCCGUUGUAACUCCAUUGGAGGACCAAUUCCCCAGAGUUUCUUACAUUGAACUGGUGAGAGCAACCGAUGGAUUCUCUUCCACUAAUCUCAUCGGUAGAGGAGGGUAUAGUUCCGUCUACAAAGGCAUCAUAGGUCCUCAGCAAGCUAUUGUUGCAGUGAAGGUUUUCAACCUUCAAUAUCGAGGAGCUUCGAGGAGCUUUCUAGCUGAAUGUGAGGUGCUAAGAAACACUCGGCAUCGUAAUCUUAUCAAGAUCAUGACUUCUUGCUCGAUGGUUGAUUUCAGAGGCAAUGAUUUCAAAGCUCUGGUAUUUGAGUUCAUUCCAAAUGGAAGUUUAGAGAAAUGGUUACAUCCAGAGUUAGAUCAACAUCAUCAUUCAAAAAGACUAAGCCUGCUUCAAAGGUUAAACGUAGCUAUCGAUGUGGCUGAGGCAAUAGACUAUCUUCAUAACAAUUGUCGGCCAUGUAUUGUUCAUUGUGAUCUAAAGCCUGGUAAUAUACUGCUUGAUAAUGAGAUGGUUGCUCAUGUGGGGGACUUUGGUCUAGCAAGGUUUAUGUUUAAAACUACGUCUAGCUCCUUAACAGAUAAGAGUAGCUCAAUCCGGAUAAGAGGAUCCCUUGGAUAUAUAGCUCCAGAAUAUGGCACAGGUGGUCAGGUGUCCACUUCUGGUGAUGUUUAUAGCUAUGGAAUCCUUCUUUUAGAGAUGCUUACUGGAAAGCGACCUAUUAAUGACAUAUUCAAAGAUGGCCUAAGCCUUCGAAAGUUUGUCGAGAUAGCUUUUCCUGAUAGAAUCAUCACGACCGUGGAUCCCCUAAUGCCGCUUGCAGAGGAAGAGAGUAAAACUCAUGAAUGCUUAGUAUCUAUUGUCAAAAUUGGUCUUGCUUGCUCACAUAAAUUAGCGAGAGAAAGAUUGAACAUGAGUGCUGUUGCAACCACCAUGCAUACAAUCAGAGAUGCCUACCUUGGAACUAGAGUUCAUUAGAAGACCCCCUGAAGCUUAUGUGGAAGUAAAGUCUGUUGUAGUAUCUUAUCUCUAAUAAUUGUCAAGCUAUAAUUUUUAGUCUUCAAAACCUAUUUCCUAGUGUUAAACUUCCAUGAGACUUGAGUUGUGAGUCUGUUGUCUAUUGCGUGAUUGUGGCUACGAAGAAUUGGUAAUGAACACUACAGUUGUGUGUAUCUCUGCAUUUAUGUUUUUCCAUAUAAAUGGAAGUUUCAGGAAGAGAACUUUAUAUCCAA